AAUAGCCCAUUUUUAACCCAAAGACUGCAUCGCUUAAGACAACGAGAUUUAGACUAUGAUGAAGACCAAAGAUUUGGUCGUUGUGAUUGCACUAGUUAUUCAUAUUUCGCUUUAUCCAUGGUGCUUUUUUCAGUGGGAAGUGUAAUUACAGUUUUAGCUUUAGGUGAUGCAGAUGGUUACAUAUUUAGUAACUUGGGACAUAUGUGGUUAGUAGGACCUAUAUUUAUGUGUUCUGGAUUGAUGGUUGCCGUUAAAAGUAUGCUCUACUUAAGAAGAAAGAGUGUAAUACAAAUGCUUUUACAUCAGAGGGCUAUAUUUCGGGAUUUGGCAGCAGCACAAGCAGAGCAAGCCUAUUCCGGAGGAUUGGCUGCUCGAAGUGCAUCUACAGCCACAUUACCACCUUCUUACGAAGCGCUGGUGACUCCUCUAGCACCACAAGGCACAAGCAGUGAAGCGCCACCUCCUAGCUACGAAGAAGCUAUGUUUUUAAUGGAAAAAUCGAAUCAUGCAGCUGAUGAUAAAACUUCUAGUCCUAGAAGGAAUCACAAACCUUAAAUAGGUUCUUAUU